CCAAGGUAGACUGCAGGCAACAAGCUGAAGCCAAGUGGAGUGACUAUAUACCAAAGUGAGAGGAGUAUACCAACUGACCUGAGUGCACCCGGACAGGUUGAGGUGGAGGAGAUUGCAGCAGCCCUUCCCCGUGGCCAGCUCGUCAUAUUAUCAAGACACUCCCUGCAGGGCUCAGGAUGCGCGUUACAUCCUCACUCCUCUUAGCCUCCCUGCUCCUCCUCCUGCUCCCGUCCAUCGAGAUGAAAAAAUCAGGGAGGGGCAGAGGCCUCAGAGGAGCAAGACACCAGCUCACACGAGACAGGGUAAGGGGUGCUGGGCGUCACAGCAGGUCGGGCCCCUCCGAGUGCUCAGAGUUGAUAGAAUCUCAAGAGGUCUUUGUAGACUGUCAGGACCGACGCCUCCGCUCCAUUCCUGCCUCACAGACCUGGUCCAAGCAACCCAAGCACCUCCUUUUUGCCCGAAACCGGAUCAAGGUCCUUCAUGAUGGGGCCUUCUUUGGGUAUGAGAGUUUAACCACUCUGGACUUGCAGCAGAACCAGAUCUCUUUAGUUGAGGAAGGGGCCUUCCAGGGCCUGAGACAUCUUACAACACUGCUGUUACAGCACAACCAACUGGGAACACUUAGUGAAGAGGCCCUCAUCCCCCUGCCGAACCUCAGCUAUCUACGUCUAUAUGACAAUCCUUGGAAAUGUCUCUGCCCGCUGGACAGUCUCAUACGCACCCUUCAGGUCCCGAGCAACCGUAACCUAGGAAAUCAUGCCAGGUGUGCAGAGCCCAUCAGGCUAAGAGGUUUGAAGAUGAAACAGGUGGAUCCCGAGUUACUCUGUAAGGAGACAGACCCCAACCCACAGACUGACGAACCAGGUCCUAUACCCAUUCCAAUUCGCACCAAACCAGACAUCACCACAUCGUGCCAUACCUACCAUUUCCCACAGAUGCGGAUUGACUGCAGUAAACGAGGUCUGACUGAGGUGCCCACAGGUAUUCCAGAGGAGGUUGUUCAUCUCGAUCUGUCCCAGAAUUCAAUCAGACAUCUCAAAGCCAAAGAUUUCCAAGGAGCGAGGAGCCUCAGAACCUUAAACUUCAGUAAUAACAACAUGGAGCAGUUUGACAAGGGUUCCCUGUACGGGCUCCUACACCUUCGUGAGCUGGACCUGUCCAACAACAGCCUGCAUUUCAUCCAGUAUGGGGUUCUUGAAGACCUGUACUUUCUAUCAAAGCUAAAACUGGAAAGAAACCCCUGGGUGUGCGACUAUAGCAUCCACUACAUGGUGUACUGGCUGCGUCUGCACCCUGGGGUGAAAUACUCUGGCCUGGUGUGUCGCUCCCCUCCUGAACAUACUGGGGAGCGUGUGGAGGAGUAUGUGCAUUCCUACAACAGAGUGUGUCCAAAGGACAGGCAGCACAGCAGCAAAGAUCAAGACCAAACAGACCCCGAGCUCUGGAACACACCGAUGGAAGUGCAAGCGGAGCUGGAGGAGGAGGAGCUGGAACCGAGCCACUUGAGAGCACCGCAGAAAUACCAGAUCUUUAGGCUGUCCUGACUUGUGAAAAUCUGACUUUAAAAGAUUCGUUGUCUUCCCUUAUUCCAACAAAUUAUAACACAGUCUGUAUCAGAUUAACAAGUUACACUUUUUAGUUUUGCUUUUAUGUUUUGUCAGUUUUGUCUUUUUAAUCAAAAAAAAAAAAAAAAACCUAUAAAAGUUUGACUGUUUUUUGGCUAAUUAUUUCUGUAAGAACAUCAUCCGUAAGGGUGAAAUCAACUG